GACACGAUACGCGCGGAAAAUUCGCGAAAGUGUAAACGUAUGUAUAAUGUGUGUAAUGCGGACGACGACAAUCAUCCAGAAGAAACGGCAACUUACACCUACACGCAGGCCUACAGAAGGUACCGUUGCAUACGUGUGACGUGAACAUGCUGUCGCUGAAAAGAUUUUUCAACUUACGAAACUCUCGAUAGGAGUAGAAUUUCGUCAUCCCUAACUAGGUGCGGGAAUUCAUUGUAACACAACUGUUACGACUGGACGCUUUUACCAGUCACAUCGAAAGCCAGUGGUCGCCGGGGUGGCCACAUUAAAAGACCGAUGAACGCUUUCAUGGUGUGGGCUCAAGCAGCGAGAAGAAAGCUCUCCUAUCAGUAUCCGCAUCUCCACAACUCGGAGCUGUCAAAGACCCUCGGAAAAUUGUGGCGAAUCUUGAGUGACAGAGACAAACAACCGUUCGUCGAAGAAGCGCAAAGACUACGAAGCGCUCACAAGAAACAGCAUCCUGAGUACAAGUAUCAGCCGAGGCGAAGAAAGCAAAAAUUGGCCGAGCAGGCCGGCAUGGUGCUUGCGCAAUGCAUCGUCCCAACCACAACGAGCUUCGACUCACCGACUGGAUCGACGGGAGACUGCGGCUAUGGACGGCUGUUGUAUCACGAAGCCGGCAAGGCCUACGAUCUACCGACGUCGUACUACGCGGCUAAUCCGUCGAGGACAUACGGAGAUCCAUCAAUGGUGCCAUCCAACCUACCGCCACCAGUAAAGUUCCCGCAGCGACCCGACCACGAUAAGGUAUACGCCGAGAAGCAAGCCUACGACGGUCAGACGCAGCCCCCAAAGUACGAACUACCAAAAACACACCCUGAUUCCAAGCGUCAGGACCUGUUGCACGCUAGGUAUCUCCAUCAUCAUCAUCACCAUCACCAUCAUCGUCACGAAGAAAACGGCGGUGUGCCAAAGUUCGUUGAGCCACAGCCGAGAGCCUAUGAUCUACCGAAAAUUACGGACGCGAUGAAGACGUACCCAGAGAACUUGAAGUACCCCCAUGACUCCAGCGCGGCGAUGAAGCCGUCUUACACGUGUUUCCACAGCGAUUACCACCCCCUCGAAGGUUACGCCGCCGCUCACAGCGACGGUGAUCAUCAGCCUCAAGGCGUUCCUCCAGGACACUCCUUUUACCCCUACGUAACAGCCGCGACCUCGAUUGCGCAGCCCCCUUAUUACAUGGGCCCCCGAUAACUGUACCCGGGUGAUCGACAAGUCACUUCAUCUUGCAUUUGAAUUCGAGUUUUUACGAAGAGUUCAAUCUCGUAGCAAAGGAAUAUGUGCCGUUUUCGAAUAUUGAAAUGUCAUUGUUACGUUAGGAUGUAAAUCCCACUUCAUCGCAAAGUGUCACUGGAGCUCAAAUCGUGAUCUGGCAGUCCGAUUUAUUAGACUUCAUAAUAUAAAAUAAGUUUUAGAACUUUUGGAGAAAUGUUUAAGCCAGGGCUAAUUAAUGAGCAUAAAACUUUUAUUGUUUAUAAAACUCACACCUGUCAAAAAAUGAAAUAAUUCCCAGCACGAUAUACCACUCUUUUCAAACGUUUUACAUUACGUUUACGCACUCAUGAUUGCGAAAGUAAUGUCUAGAUAUUGUGUACGGAUGUAUUAUUUUCCGAUGUAGAAUUGAAUCCCAUUGUCAAGUUUUUGGUCGGGAAGAUGAAAAUAAACUCAUUCGCCUUUGGCUAAAAUAAGAA